AUGGACGUAAUAUGGGAACCAGACGAGGUAUUGCCGCCAAUCGUUGCAGUGUUAAUUCUCAUAUAUCUGAAGAGAUGGUCGAUCGACCCCUUAUUUGCAAUUGAGCGCUUUCUUGAAUAUUGCGGAUUCAGAAGAUUGGUAAAAUCGUUACGGACUAUCAACAAAGCAUGCACCCCUGAAGACGAACAGAAAAAGCAAAUGAACCUGAUCAAGUCAUGUGUUGAAAACAAAGGGGAGCUGGAUGAAAUUAUUCAGCACGAGCUCCGCCUUCUCGAUGAAAAAGAUUCAUGGGAAAACCAGAAGGAACGAGAUGGGAGUCUGAACCCAGAGAUAAAGGAUUCAUCGAGGAUAGUCACCGAGCAGCUCAAACAGAUCAACCCUCAGUUGAGAAAGAACGGACAAAGAUUUGCUGAUCUCCAGUCAAAAUGGGUUGAUGGGUCCUGGACACUAGAGUUUCGAAGCACACCAGCUUCCUACGGCUUAAAGAAUGAAACAAAGGAGAGCAAGAGCACCGAGGACGAGGCUAAGGAGAAGCACAAGGCCAAGGAGGAGAAGAACACGGACGAGCCUAAGGACCAGGAAGCCAAGUUGGAGGGAUAG